UAUGGAAAUGCAGCCAGCUCAAUUAGGUCAUGGACUUUGUUCAGUAUCAGCAGUUUUAACUCACCAACAACACAAUUUUCAUCAUUCCUCCUCGCAUCACAAUCAACAUAACCAUCAUCCAAGUACCAACAGUUCUUCUGAUCAUAUACAGCCACAAUUAGAUCAAGCAGCACUCCAAUCAACUAACCAGCAACAACAAUCACGCCAGCACAUACCGUACAUCACUUUACAAAGCGAUGACAAAACCAAAGAGUAUUGUGCUCAUAAUGGUAAUGCAACAAAUCCUCCAUCAACGAAUGCAACGAAUUUUGUACCUCAUUCCGCGGCAGAGUGGAUAGCAGCUAUAAAUGAAACUCAAAACAAUGCUGAAGACUCUCUCAGUUCCCAAGGAAGCAUAUCCGGAGAUGGUCACGGCGGUGUUAAUCAGCUGGGUGGAGUGUUCGUAAAUGGGCGACCUCUUCCUGAUGUUGUUCGGCAGCGAAUUGUAGAGUUGGCUCACAACGGUGUUCGUCCGUGUGAUAUAUCUCGUCAGUUGCGUGUGAGUCAUGGUUGUGUAUCGAAAAUAUUGUCAAGAUAUUAUGAAACCGGAAGCUUUAAGGCCGGCGUUAUAGGCGGUUCAAAGCCAAAAGUGGCUACUCCACCAGUUGUUGACGCAAUUGCCAAUUAUAAACGCGAAAAUCCUACUAUGUUUGCAUGGGAAAUACGAGAUAGAUUGCUAGCAGAAGGAAUUUGUACGCAGGACAAUGUUCCAAGCGUUUCUUCCAUUAACAGGAUUGUACGUAAUAAAGCUGCUGAGAAAGCAAAGCACGUUCAUCACCAGCAAACGCAACAAACCAAUGGAAAUGGAGGGAAUUCUAAUAAUAGCAGCAUUAAUGGUGUAUCUGGUAACAAUAUAUCGGAGAAUUCGGAAAAUAAUGGAAGUGAUGGAAAUCAACAACAGCACCAAAACAACAAUACUACUUCUGUUAUAGCGCAUGCACCGCCAACAAAUGCACCAACCACUGGAACUACCACAGUUCAUCUACAACAACAUAAUCAGAGUUUAUUGAACGGAUCAGCGACGCCCAACAGCGUCAAUGAUAAUAAUAAUAGCAGCAUAGAACAUCGAUCAACUGGCUACAGUAUUAAUGGAAUUUUAGGUAUACAACAUCACCACGGCGCAACAGAGCUCAAUGGCAGUAAUGUUAAAAGAAAACAUUCUGAUGAUCACCACGACGAAAACCGUGAUAUUAACAUGCACUCCGAAGACGACAUCAAACGCCAAAGACUUAUAUAUAACGGUGAUCAGAUCUAUUCAAAUAUAUGGUCAGGUAAAUGGUGCAUUAAGGAUGAGCAUAAACUCUUGUCGGAGUUAGGAAACUUAACAGCAAACAGCGCCACAUCUUAUUAUGAUACUCAUAACGGAUUUUCUACUCCAGCAACGGGAAAUACAACUGACUCAAUAUUGUACGAUAGUAUAACAACAAUAUCACAAAGUCAAGGUUCAUUAUAUACGCCACCAAUUGGAGCACCACUAGGCAGUGCUACCCUUACCCCUUUGGUGCCCAUUAACAUGCAAGAUCUGAAACUUAAUCCAAAUUCCCAUGACCAGAAUUCGUCACCUUUUUAUACAGCUAUUGCCAUAGAAAAUAGUCACUAUACUACUUUAGCACAUAUGGAUAAUGUAAUUAGCUCCCCAAAUACACAACCCUCCUCAAAUAUAGUAACAAAUUCAAUGGAGGUCAUCAGUGACUUGGGUGUAUCUCCUCCAGGACUUAUUGCAAUAAUUGAUGAAAAUAAUUCAACAGUAAAUAGUCGGCAAAGCAACAAAUCUGCAUCAAUAAGUGCAAACAAUAGGUCUGAAUCUACGCGAUUUUCAAAAUAUAAAAAUAAUGUGAUAAAUGAAAUCGAUCGAAACACCACAUCGGAACAACAGCAACAACAUGUACACCAAAAUCAAGUUGACCAUCACUCACACCUACUUCAGCAACAAGAGCAACAAAAGCAUACAACGAAUACAGUAGACAUACCCGCUAACAAUAA